UGGAUGGGUAGUCGGAGUCGUAAUGGCGGACUGACGUUUGUUAGAGGCACAUUAAUGUGCUUUGUUUUGUUCAUUCUGAGAUAACUUUAAUUUAUAUUUAUCUGCUUUAAGUGGGAAAUUCUGCAUCCAAAAUGGCGACGCUAGUUCUGGACAACGGAGCCUAUACAGCGAAAAUAGGAUACAGUCAGGAGAAAGUCAGUGUCAUCCCAAAUUGUCAGUUUCGCUCCAAAACAUCAAGAUUAAAAACCUUCACUGCCAAUCAGCUCGAUGAGAUCAAAGAUCCCUCAGGCCUCUUCUACAUUCUUCCCUUCCAGAAGGGUUAUCUGGUCAACUGGGAUGUUCAGAGGAAAGUGUGGGAUCAUCUGUUUGGAAAAGAGAUGUUCAAGGUGGAGUUUGCAGAUACUAGCAUCAUCAUCACAGAGCCGUACUUCAACUUCACUUCUAUUCAGGAGUCGAUGAACGAGAUCCUGUUUGAGGAGUACCAGUUCCAAUCAGCUCUCAGAACAAAUGCGGGUUCUCUCAGUGCUCAUCACUACUUUCACACCAAACCCUCAGAGCUCUGCUGUUUGGUGGUCGACAGUGGAUUCUCCUUCACCCACAUCUCCCCCUACUGCCGCAGCAAAAAAAUGAAGGAGGGCAUCCGCAGGAUCAAUGUAGGAGGGAAGCUUAUGACCAAUCACCUGAAGGAGAUCAUUUCCUAUCGCCAGUUACAUGUCAUGGAUGAAAGUCAUGUGAUCAACCAGGUGAAAGAAGAUGUCUGCUACGUCUCUCAGCAGUUUUAUAAGGACAUGGAGAUCGCUCAGAUGAAGGGGGAGGAAAACUCUGUGAUGAGGGAUUAUGUUCUUCCAGAUUUCAGCUCCAUCAAAAAAGGCUUCUGCAAGCCUCGAGAGGAGAUGCUCUUCAAUGGGAAGUAUAAGACAGGAGAGCAGAUCCUGAGGUUGGCCAACGAGCGCUUUGCUGUUCCCGAGAUACUCUUUCACCCGUCAGAUAUUGGCAUCCAGGAAAUGGGCAUCCCAGAGGCCAUCGUCCACUCCAUCCAGUCCCUGCCUGAAGAGAUGCAGCCCCAUUUCUACCAGAACAUUGUCCUGACUGGAGGGAACACUUUGUUUCCAGGCUUCAGAGAGCGACUGGAGGCAGAGCUGCGAUCGCUCGUCCCAGCCCACCUCCCUGUGUCCGUCCUAUUACCUGCAAAUCCAAUCUGUUAUUCAUGGGAAGGAGGGAAGCUGCUGGCCCAUAACCCGGACUACGAUGAGAUGGUGGUGACAAGAGAGGACUAUGAAGAGAAUGGACAUUGUAUUUGUGAAGAAAAGUUUGACAUUUGACUUCUGCAUUUUCAUGAACAUAAAAAAAAAAUCAGCAUCUGAGAGAUCAGACACAAACACCUCCCAAAUAACAGUUUAUAUUAAACUGUAAUUCUGAUCACUCACAGGACAAACAGCAUCUGUCUGUAAAGUGUUACUGCAAAAUGGGUUCAGACAAGUAAAAUGAAAACUUGUUUUUUCUACAGCAGUUAUAUUUGA